AUGGAUCGUGGACUCGACGAGCUGAUUGAGUGGCUUCUGACCAAGAUAGCCUUUUCUGGUCUCGAGGGACUUUCUGCGAAGAAGUUCGUAAAGGCAGUGAAAGCGUUUUACGACGGACGCGAUGAUAUUGGUGCUGGCGAUGAGCCCUCUGAUCUUGCUUCAGGCCAACCUCAGGAUGUGGCUGAGGCUGACAUUGCUCAUGCAUCGAUCAUAUGGAAGUGGGUUGUAAAAAGGAAGGACGUUAUCGUUGUGCCAGAAACCGCGGCUAGAGUCCCACUCGAAGAGAUUGUGUCCCUUGCCGAGGGAACGUCCAAAGAUGCAACAGAGCCGGCAACUGGUCGUUCAAGUACAAAGAGAAACGCUACGGCUUUCGUUCAAGAUGAGGUCCAUCUACUACUCUCCGAGGAACGCCAAUGGAAAGCUAUUGCUGGUCAUGGCCCUGACUAUAAGCGUAUCCCGCUUUUUGAGUGGAGAGCGCUCAUCGCCAUCGCGUCAGUUGGAACCAAGGGCAUCCUUCAAGGAGAUCUUACCAGACUUACAGGUCAAGACAAGCGAUCAUUGCCCACACGUACCGAAGCUUUGGCCAGGAAAGGAUAUAUCAUCAAACAGCAGGCCACAUUGCGGGGAUGCCGUACCAGCAAGAUAUGGUUGGCUCAGUUCUCCAACCACGCCAAGGCUGAUGUUCAGCGUCAGGGACUGCCAGACGAAGUUCUGAAUACGCCUGCAGAAGACUUAAGGGCAAGCUGGGAUCCAGUGUCAUUCAGUCAUCACUAUACUAGUGGUCAGGUUGAUUAUGUCGCCAUCUCACAAGCCUUUUUGAUGAUACUGAAAGCAUACCAGGCAAUGAGGUAUUGUGACAUUCGACCCAAGAUGAACAUCACCAAUCGUAUACCUCAGAUGCGAGCACUCGCCAAAUCUUCGCGAUGGUGGGCUGGAAUCGGGGUGAUUCGAUUUGAGCCCAUGAAGACGGGUAAAGGGGGCCAACUCUUCAAAGAUUGUGUCAAAUUCAUACGAGAUCCGACCGAGGAGGAAUGGACCAGAUACAAGACUAUGCCCAAAGCCAGUCUCCAAGUACCUACCUCACGACUUAGGAAGAAUUUAAAGAAACCUAAAAAGUCCGCUAGCAAAGCCGCAGCAGCUGCAACGACAGAGUCUAGUCCACCAGAGGCGAAUUCAGUGUUGAAGCAUCUAGCCCCUCGGAUUCCACCAAGUCUAGCACUGAUACAGCUUUCUGCAUGGGAUCCAUCCAAACCUAUCGCAACCACCUUCUUUGAGAUCAUCAAACGUAGUGGCAGUCAGGGUUCGUCGAAUACUGAGCUUGGCAUGUUCAAUCUUGGCUGGGCUUACCGGAAGUAUAUAUCGACAUUGACGACAAUGAUAAGCUUGCCGCGAUCACUGCCGCCCCAUCAACAACCAUUUGCCGUUCACUCGGAGUUCAAGCGCGUUAGAAAGACUAUGACAUACACUUUCCGUGCACAUGGUGCAAUUGCCGGCGACCGUGAUCAACAAACAGAACUCAUCAAAUCAGCGAACACCGACGAGCAUGGAUCAACAAUCUUCAAUGCUCAGCUUGUGGAGUACAUGACUGGGAGUCCCGUAUUCCCUCAGCCUUCUCCUGGCGAGUUUGUUAAACCAGGAUCACGUGUCAAAGGCUUUCUGCCGCUCACUGGCCUCAAGUCUUUCACACGGGCCGGUUUAAAACGAGAUCAAGAAGUUAGCGAUGAAGUUAUUCCGGGAGAAUAUAAACGGAUCAGCCUUGUGUCGCCAAAAGCUGAUGAUGCCGAUUCUGCCAGCAGAGACCCAUCCGAGCCUUUGCCGCCAGGUGUAUACUAUGGGAAGAAGAACUCAUUGGACCCGUCACCGCUCAAAGGUCGGCCAAGGAACUCAAUAGUCAUGAAAUUUGUGUCUCCAGCCCUCCGAACCCCCGAUUUCUUCAAUCGACCCACGCCAAGUCUGGCCAAUAUUCCUACCAGCUUAGUUGUUUCUGAGCCUGCUGCGGAUGCUAGUAUGACCCCCGACAAGCGUAGACGAGGUGGACGAGCCCACGGCCCUAAAAAGUUCAGAUGUGACAAAUGCGGCAGCAGUUAUAAGAACAUCAACGGACUCGAAUAUCACCAGCAAAAAUCUCAGUCCGCCUGCAACCCUGAGUGGGUUCCACUGCCUCCGAAACCUUCUAUUCCUUUCCUGUCACAAAGACAGCACAAGCCAGUUAUAAGUAAUCCCACAGAUAAGAAAUCUUCGACAAACAGACCGCCACUGACUCCGAAACGAGUUUUGCCUUCGAGGAGACCGAAACUCGAAGCCUUUCCAAUACCACUGUCGGCUCAAGGAGUUGCUGCAGGGCCUCGUAGCAUUACUGUUCAAUCAGUAACGCUGCACAACGUUCUCGACAUGCCUUUCAUAAAAUCGAACCGUACCACUCCUGGUGUCGAUGGUCACAAAAAGCGAGUCGCUGAAAAGGCAAUCAGAACUCUCAGCAAUACGCUGGGCGGGAACACGCCGAACAAAGAAGGGAUGUUGAUCAGUCCUCGCAAACGUGCGCGUGCCCUAUCGGCAGGUUUGACAGCAGAUGAGACGCCGGAUGAGGAUACAUUAGGAGAUGUGGAGCAGACCCCGGGUUCCAGAAGGCCUCUGCCAUCCUUAAGCCCAAGCCCAGAAUACGCAGUGCUCAUGAAUCUUCCCGAUCGUUCGGAGGAUCUGACGACUAGCCGGCUUCAUCAGUCAUUAGACAAGGGUGAAGCAGUGGCUAGUCCAACAACCCAGUCCAGUUCCCUGAUGGACCAUCUACCAAAAUCUACUCAUAUAACGAAUAGCAACCCUACAGCCUCAAGUGUACAUGGACAGCAAACACAGAAGCUCUACGGAAAGCAGAAGAUAGCAUUUAUGCGCAAAGAGCUCAUGACUGGUCUCGUACUUCGUCUUCUCGAGCAGAACGAUCAAGUACUACCCGGGGAUGUGUCCUUGUACAGUCUCGUCAUCACCAAGUGGAGCCAGACUGUUAGUGAUGGCUCUAUCCCAAUACCCGAAUGGAAAGUUUUUCAGACGGUCUUGAAAGGCAUGGAUAGAGAUCACGCCAUCAGCAUCCAUCACUUCGGCCUGUUGAUUCACGGGACUGUAAAGCCUAUCUCCGUUGUGCACAAGGGUCAUUAUGGCAAGGCUUCGGGGCCAAUGCCGGAAAGCAUAUCCCGAAAGAUGACCGAAGUGAAAAGCAAAUGCGAGGAGCUGUACCCGAAUCCUUAUGUGCCCGCGAAAUUUGGUCUCGCUGGCAAGGAGCUCGAAAUUUGCGGUGAGCUUUCUCAGAAGUAUGACAACAUCGACGCCCCGAGCAGUAAUGCCAAUCAGACCUCCGAACCCGCAAAUCAGGAAAUUUUAACUCUGGGAUACGAUAUGCGGUCAGCUCGACAAGCCAAUUCUAACGCUAUCAACUCUAAACGGACCCGACCCGAGAGCGACGACUCAGACGAGCCACAGACUUCAUCGCGCCGUAAGAGACGAAAGCAAUCGGCGACGCAAAUUCAGGGAGGUCAGGUUGCCAACAAAUCAGGCAGGCGCCGACUGAUACCAAAGACCGGCACAAAGCAGCGAGACAGACUUGAUAAUGACGCUUGCUGGAACAUGGAGGUCGCCCCCCCUGGUAUGGCGCAAGCACUCGAGGCGUCAUGUUCCGUUCAUUUUGUGGCCCCGACGACACCGGCUUCGUAUGAGAAAGCCGCUGCACUGGAAGGUGAGGUUGACGAAGACGAUGAAGAGGAAGAAGGAGAAGAAGAAGAAGAAGGAGGAGGAGGAGGAGAAGAAGAGCAAGACAACGGCGACAAUGUCUUGCCAUUUGAUGCUAGGUCAGAUUCAGAUGUGCUGGAUGGAGCAAAUGAAAGCCCAAGCUUUACCACUAUCCAUAUGAUUACGGCCAUUGGAGAUGGCGUCUGGCCUGGCAAAUUCCCCCGAGGGUUCUUCUCGAAUCGACCUGGAGAAAGCUUUGCGGCGGCGGGAACUUUUCCAGACCGCAGUUGGUUCUUGAGGCAAAACCUACCGCAGAACAAGAAUGAAAUGGUGGAUAGGGCACAGUUCAGGCGAGCAUUGGUUCGACAAAAGAUACCUCGCUACGGCAAUUUCGGUGCUGACAUAGAAGCGAUUGAGGCUUGGGAACGCUCUCCCGAAGGUGUCUAUCUUCAGAAUGUUGGCAACAUCGCUCCCGAACACAUCUUCAUUUCUCUGAGGGUUGAGCCUGAGCAUGCAAACAUGAAUCCCGUUGUGGCUGAAUGGCCACAUGACGUACAAUUUACUGCUGACAGCCUGCCCGAAGAUAUUAGGGAUGCGCUAUCUGAAGAUGAGCAUGAGGAUCUGCCCUUACCAGAAGAGGUAGUCUUUGCUGCAGAAGGUCCUGAGAUACGCAAGAAACCCUCUAAAGAUAUUGGAGGUAGGCAACGGCGCUUCAUUAAACGCUCUGAGGGUAAUUGGAAGCACCGUGUGCUGUUUCCGAUAGCCAAAAGAGAAACAGGGCGUUGGAACAUGGCUCGAUCUGUGGGUGCGAACAUCGGAAGGGAAAGGGAGACGGAGCUGGUUGUUGCUAUCGUAAUCAUCAGAAAGCUCCUCGGUGGGGUUGACAAGAUCACGGAUUGGGGAUUGUUCCUAAAGAUUUAUCCUGAAUGGUCGAUCUCCGGCAUCAGAAAAUUCUGGAUCAGAGUCACGAAGGAAAGAGCCAACUAUAUUGAAGCCCUGAGCAAGAAGUUCCACACUGCGUUUCUUGAAGCUUACGAGACAGGAGAAGUAGCCCCUCUGGACUACGAUAACAUUGAUAGUUACGACUGGAAGUCGUUAAUUUCGUGGACGAUCAAGCUAGAAACCCACGACGGAAUCGAGUUGCCUACUACUAGAGAGCAGUUCGAUAUGGAGUAUCUGCUGACAGAGCCAGUAAGGGAUGACGAUGACUGGCGAGACCUUUGGUUCCAUUUUCAAACUUCAACAUAUGAUCGACUGGAUGCUGUUUCCAGUCUACACAUGGUUACGCCAGUGACCAGGGUGUCUUCGUCACCUGAAGGUUAUAUAACAGAAUCUGAUCUGCAGCUCGCCAGAUCUUGGGUACGAGCAUUGUGUAACAACAAGUCCAAAACGACUGUUGGAAUCGAAGUCCGAGACAAGUUGAUGGAGCUCGGAAAUCGCGACAAAGCUGAGAUGAAUGAGCUCUUAGAGCUAUCUGUCUCUCAGCUUCUGGAGACAAAGGUUAUUUCCAAGGCUUUCGGCAAAGGCUUCAGCCAAGUUUUCAAACUCAACAACCAUUACGAGAUUCGUCUAAAGAAGUUCGUUCAUGUUGAGAAAUAUAGCCAGGCCAUCGCCUUCAAGGAAAGGCUGGAUGAAAGCUUUCGUACCAACCGGGAGGUGAUUAUCCCUACCAAUUCUAAUGAUGGGACCAUCAUGGCCAUGAUCAACUUGCAGGCCUGUGGUCGACUCCGUCUGGUCGACGUCAAUUUCCCCAACGUUCCUUUUGGAUUCGAACCAGGCAACUACGAGGGCAGAAAGUAUCCUAAACGGUACUACCUGUUCGACGUAAAGGUGGUGCCUACAGAUACUUACAUGUAUAAUGAAGAUCUGCCAAUCGUCGCGCAGUCAAAGGAAGUACCCAUUCCGGUCAUGGGUCCACUUGGAGAAAUUCCUGUUUGGUGCGACUUCUUUGGUAAUAUGAAGCAGAGUCGAUGGUCUCAAUACCUUUGUAUGGUCGCCUUUGCACUCUCUGUUAAGGGACCAAUGACCGCUCGCGCUGCUGUUGAUCUGCUGCAUCCCGUCAUAGAGGAAUUUGAGGCACAGCUGAUCAUGGAUUGGCUUGAUACCAUGGGACUUUUGGAAAAGGUUUCAGGUGGCAGUGGAUCAACCGUUGGUGAAUGGUGGUGGCUAGUGGUAGGAUCACAGAUUGAAGCGAAGGACAAGGGUUUUGCUGAGGAUUAA